UUGACGUCGCCCGCCGGGUCUGCCGGGUUUGCCGCCAAAGACGCCAUGCGGCCGCUGAAACUGCCGCUGAAAGCGGUGCUGCGUGCCAGUUCCACUGCCCCGGGAGCCACACCAGGCCCGGCGGCCAAGCCGUCGCCGCCGCCGGCGCCCGCGAAGUCGUCGGCGGGGCCGGCGGUGGUCGGCUUUGUGGCCGGCGCCUCGCUGGCUGCGGCGGCGGUGUAUGUGCUGCUGGACCGGCAGAAGGCACCCCCCGCGCCCAUGAUCAAGAUCACGCCCUCGCCAGAGGCGCUGAAAGCAGCCAAGGAGGCUGCCUCAGCGGCUGCUGAGGCUGCCGAGAAGCCGCAGCCGAAGAAGGAGAAGCCGAAGCCAGAGAAGCCGAAAGCGGAGGCUCAGGAGAAGGAGCCCACGCCAGAGGAGCUCGAGCAGGCCAAAAGAAGGAAGGAAGCCCAAGAUGCGCUGGAGGCGGCCGGGGCGGUGGUGGCGGCAGCGGCCAGCGGGGCGCUGAAAGGCGUGGAGGCGGAGGUGGCCCAAGGCACCCGGCGCCGUGAGGAGGCUUUGGCAGCCUUGAAGCACGCGCUGGACCUCGGUGAGGCUCACAGCAUCAAGGCGGCCCUGCAGGCCGCGCGAGCGGCGAAUCUCAGCGCAGCAGAGAUGCAGCUGGCGGAGUCUUUGUGCACUUCCCUAGAGGAGACAUCCCCCGAAGACCUUCUGGAGAUUCCUGAGGAGUUCCGGGUGGAUCCGAGUGCCGCCUAUGCCAACGAGCUGCAACGCAGUGAGGGCAAGAGCCGGGAGGAGCUGCAGCAGCGUGUGGUGGAGCUCACUCGAUUGCUGGCCACCGCUCGCCUGCACUCCCGCAGCAGACUGGAACAGGCGCUGCAGACGAAGACGGGGGAGGCGGAGCUGAAGUCGCUGCAGGCGCUCUACGGCGCUUUGGGCCGCGCGGAGAAGGACUUCGACGAGGCAGCGGAGGUGGAGUUUCAAGAGCUCAAAAGGAAGCUCCAAGAGGAGCAGCAGGCAGCGGUGGCAGCGGUGCGGGGGCCUGGUUCGGCGGGGUCUGUGGUGGCGCCUGGGAUGCGCUGGGAGCUCGCCUCCUCGGCGCCCGGCGCCGGCGCCGAAGACCUUGCGGAAGAGCCACACGGACCGGAUUUGAGCACCUCGAGCGGCGGCACUGCCCUCAAUGCUCCGUCCCGCGGCCACACCGAUUCCCAAGUGUGGUCGCGGCGCAGUACGGUGGAGGGGGUGUUGACGGUGAAUGACAUGCAGACCAGCACCCGCUUAGAGCAGAAGGAGGUGCUCCGGUGUCGAGAGACGUUGAGCAACAUCCUGGCGGGCAAGAACCAAGUCGCCUUGGACCAGGAGUUCCACAGAUGCGUGAUGUUCAAGAACCGCCUGGUGAUCCGGUGCCAAGUGCUGCACUUUGCGGUCAUGGAGGCGGCGAGGCUCCAGAAUGGCUUUUGCGUGUCGGAGGUCCUUGAGGCGAAGGCGGACGUGAACGCCAAGGCCAUGUACGUCACUGUGAAGGAUGAUGUCACCUACGAGACGGAGCUCGAGGCCAUCCACUUGGCCGCGGGCCUGGGGUCCCUGGAGGCCAUGCGCGCCCUGAGCAACGCGGCCUCCAACGUGCCCCGCCUCGUGUCGAGCUUCGCAACGGUGAACAUCAAGGGCUGCGAUCAGCGCUUUGACUUCUACUGCCCCAUCCAUGAUGCCGCCUACUUGGGCCAGAAGGAUGCAGUGUCCUGUCUCAAGUAA